AUGGAUUCUUUGAAAUUUCAUCCUAGUGAGGAAGAGCUUAUAACUCACCACUUGUGGAGAAAGAUGGACAAUAGAAGCUUCUCCAUACCGGCAAUUGACGAGGCGGAUAGAAAGCUUGAUCCCUGGGAUUUUCCCGGUGUUUCAUUUCAGCAGGGUGAAAGAAAAGAAUGGUUUUUCUUCAGCCCCAGAGAUUGGAUGAAUGGAAUAUACAGAGUUACUUAUUCAGGAUACUGGAAAACCACCGGAAAAGACACCGAGAUCUUCAAGGGAAAAGCCCUCCUUGGUAUGAAGAGAACCAUGGUUUUUUACCAAGGAAAAAUACCCAAAAUCACAAAGACAAAUUGGUUAAUGCAUGAGUACAGAUCAGAGAGCAACCAUGAAUGGGUGAUCUGUAAAGUAUUUCUCAUGGAAAACAAAAUGGAAGAAAUUUCUGGGAUCUGCAGCAGCGAAGAAUCUAAACCAUCUUCAAUGAUGCAGACAAAUUCUAUAAGCACACAAGCGCCUCAGCCUCAAGACACUACUGGGUUGUUGGUGAAAUUAAAAUACAAAGAAGAUACUGUGAAGUUUGUGCUCAACAACCCUACCAUGGAUGGUUUGAAGACACAAGUUUUAAAGAGAUUCAAUAAGUUGGACACUCAUGCUCUCAAGUUCAAGUACCGAGAUCUAGGGGGGGAAAUGAUCACUAUAAUUUGUGAUGAGGAUUUGCAAUUGUGCUUGCAAAGUUUCAAAUCAUUUGGCAGAAUUGAAGUCACAAUGUCACUAGCUUCUUAA